AUGGCGAGCCCCGCCUCGUCCAACGGCGAUUUCUUCUCUCACGCCCAUGCAUUGGCUGCAGCUCUUUUCGAUGUCCCGGCCAUCAUCCGCGACAAGGUCGACAGGCCAUUGACCAUCGCCAAUUCGGCCUCACAGUCGUCUGUUUCGAGCGCGUCUACCUGCUCCACGGCCAUCGCUUGCCCCGAGAAAGCUACGGUUGAAAUCGGCCCAGAGACCGCUGAAGCUCUUCAGUGGCUGCUCCCGUUCAAUGGCUCGGAGCUGUGCAUCCGCUGGAGGGGACCGGUGACGGAUCUCGGGCCGAUUCGGAAUUUCGUCGAGUACUCCCUUCCCAUGACGCUGACGCACGACCAACGAAUUCGGGUCAUUUUCUCGCCACACCUUCCCGUCGAGAUGCUUCGCCCCGACAUGUUCAAUGGGUUCCGGAUGCGGCUCUACCCUGAUGGUCACGGGACGGAUCUGAUACGA